AUCUUAACAUGAUUGCUUUAUUAUGCAAGGACUUUGUGAAAUGGGGUUGAAAUCAAGAUGGGAACGAUUUGGCCUUUAGUUGUUUCUAAGGGGACACAUUAGAGUGAUGCACAAGUAUAGCUUGAUGGCUACCACAGAGAGGCAACGUCCGAGCUGUGGUUGUAAAGGAAUAAGAACUUGCCUGAGGUGUGAGGGAGAGCAGUCUCAACGGCAUAUACUGCAGAAGAAUGAGCUGAUACAUUAUGAUUUCACCUAUGAUCCCGCAUUGAAGUCAGCAGUCCGAGAGGAGAGCGGUGUUCGACAGUCCUUUGGGUUUCAUGGAGUGUUUUUAUGGGAGGAUUUUGUAUCGGAAGAUGAAGAGAAAGAGCUAGUCGCCAGCAUGGACGAAGAUGUCUGGAGAGAAUCUCAAUCUGGCCGGCGGAAACAGGACUUUGGACCAAAGGUGAACUUCAAAAAACAGCGGGUCCGUGUGGGGGACUUCACUGGCCUCCCUGCUAUUAGCAGUAACCUGGUGGAGAGGAUGACCAAGGCACCUCUGUUGGCCUCAUUCAAACCAGUAGAACAGUGCAACUUGGACUAUGAUCCACUGAGGGGCUCUUCUAUUGACCCUCAUUUAGAUGACAGCUGGUUAUGGGGAGAGCACUUAGUCACCGUCAACCUGCUUUCGAACACUGUCCUCACAAUGAGUUUAGAUCGAGGAUGGAAAGACCUGGAACAAGGGGUGGUGAGAGUGGCUGUGCAUCUACCGCGGAGGAGUUUGGUUGUACUUUAUGGAGAGGCACGACAUCGGUGGAAACAUGGCAUUCACAGAAAAGACAUUCACAGCCGCAGAGUGUGCAGUACCUUCCGAGAGCUGUCUGCUGAGUUUCUACAGGGAGGGGAACAGGAAAAGCUGGGAUCCGAGUUGUUAGAUAUUGCACUAAGCUUCAAGGGUGUAUCACUAUAAGCUUUCUCUGGCUAGAUAUGUCCCAGUGAAAUGUAUGUAAAAAAUUUUUAAAGGAAUAGUUUGAGAGUGAAUUUUAUUUCUCUGUUCAUUUACCACCCUUAUCCUGCAUGUGAAUGGCUUUCUUCUUCAGAACACCAGCUAAGAUUUUUAGAAGAAUAUAUCAGCUCUGUAGUUCCAUAAAAUUAAAGCGAAUGGUGACUCCAAAAAGUACAUAAAGGAAGCAUAAAAGUGUUCCAUGCGACUCCAGCGGUUAAAUCCAUUUCUUCAGAAGCGAUAUGGCAGGUGUGAUUCGCACCUUUUUGGUGAUUCGUGCAUAUCGCCACCUACUCGGCAGGGAGGAGAAUGAAUAGUAACAAAUAUUUAUCUGAUUCUCACCCACAUCUAUCAUAUCACUUCUAAAAAAAUGGAUAUUAACCAAUGGAGUCAUAUGGAUUAAUUUUAUGCAGCCUUUAUAUGCUUUUUAAGCUUCAAAGUUCUAGGCACCUCUCACUUGCAUUGUAUAGACAAACAGAGCUGAGAUUUUCUUCUAAAAAUCAUUAUUUGUGUUCUCCAGAAGAAAUUCAUACACAUUUGGGUGACAUGAGGGUGAGUAAGUGAUGAGAGAAUUUACAUUUGUGAGAGAACUACACCAUUUAAACACAAAUGUGAAGUGAUAUUUUUUUUAUCCUAAUUUAAAUAAAAAACAUGUGCAUUCAGUGUUGUUUUGUUUAAAAUACGUAGGGAAUUUUCAAUAUUAUCAUUUAAUUCAAGAGACCUUUUAAAUGAUUCAUCAAAACUACAUUUUUAAAACAAAUUAUUUCUGUGAACUUACGUUAGAACAUUAAAAGUUUUGCAUUUCAAAAAUAUUUGUUUUCGAGUGAGAGAUGUUGACAGCAUGAGA